GCAGCCGCCCAUGGCGACCUCAAAACCAUCAAGCGGCUGCUGAGCGGCGGCACACCCCCCAACGCCAAGGGCGCGCGUGGCAACACCGCAUUGCACGCUGCCGCGGCAGAGGGCCACACGGCGGUGAUCCGGGCGCUGCUGGCCGCCAAUGCCCUCGUCGACAGCAGGGCCGCAGACGGCUGCACGCCACUGUGCAGGGCAGCAGAGCACGGGCACAGCGAGGCGGCCGCCACGCUUCUGGUCAGCGGCGCUGACCCAGGCUUUGUGACACCCAAGUACAGCACCCCUCUGUUCAUGGCGGCAGAGCAUGGCCACGCAGCGGUGGUGGAGGUGCUGCUCCGAGGCGGUGCCGACCCAGAGUGCUGGAACCCCGCAGGCGAAAGCCCUAUCUACUUGGCCGUCCAGAACGGCCAUGCGGAGGCGGUAGCGGCGCUGCUUGCGGGCGGCACGCACCCAGACACUACCACCCCAGAGGGCCUCACCCUGCUGCAGCUGGCAGCCAAGGCAGCUGCCAAAGGCGAUCUCAAGACUGUGAAGCGGCUGCUCGGCGGUGGCACACCCCCCAACGCCAAGGGCGCCCACGGCAACACCGCGCUGCACCUUGCCGCCGCAGAGGGCCGCACCGCGGUGAUCCGGGCGCUGCUGGCCGCCCACGCACCUGUGGACUUACGGGCCGCCGACGGCUAUACGCCGCUGUGCAGGGCAGCAGAGCACGGGCAUGGCGAGGCGGCGGCCAUGCUUCUGGCCAGCGGCGCCGAUGCAGACUUCACCACCCCCAAGCACAUCACUCCGCUGCUCAUGGCGGCGGAGCGGGGCCAUGCCGCCGUCGUGGCUGCGCUGCUCGAGGGCGGCGCAGACCCAGAGCGCAGGAACCCCGCAGGCGCCAGCCCUAUCUACCUGGCCGUCCAGAACGGCCAUGCGGCAGCAGCGGCGGCGCUGCUUGCCGGCGGCACUGACCCAGACAGCACCACUCCAGAGGGCUUGACCCUGCUGGAGCUGGCGGCCAAGUGCGGGCAGGUGCGUGUU